CAUGCAGGCGGUGGCGGCUGCGUCCGUGCCCUUCUUGCUGCUUUGCGCCUUGGGGACCUGCCCCCUGGCGCGUUGCGGACGAGCAGGAGACGCCUCAUUGACGGAGAGGAGGAACGAAAACCGCUUCCUGGAGCGCCAGAGCAUCGUGCCACUGCGCCUUAUCUACAGCUCCGGUGGCGAAGACGAAACUCGCCACGAUGCGUUGGACACGCGGGUGCGGGGCGACCAAAGAGGCCGGCAGUUGACUCACAUUGACCAGGCCAGCUUCCAGGUUGAUGCCUUUGGAACAUCGUUCAUUCUUGAUCUUGUGCUAAAUCAUGAUUUGCUGUCUUCUGAAUACGUGGAGAGACAUAUUGAACAUGGAGGCAAGACAGUGGAAGUUAAAGGCGGAGAGCACUGUUACUACCAGGGCCAUAUCCGAGGAAACCCUGCCUCAUUUGUUGCACUGUCAACAUGCCAUGGACUUCAUGGAAUGUUCUAUGAUGGGAAUCACACAUAUCUUAUUGAGCCAGAAGAAAAUGAUACUGCCCAAGAGGAUUUCCAUUUUCAUUCUGUUUACAAAUCCAGACUAUUUGAAUUUCCCUUGGAUGAUCUUCCAUCUGAAUUCCAACAAGUAAAUAUCACUCCACCAAAAUUUAUUUUAAAGCCAAGACCAAAAAGGAGUAAACGGCAGCUUCGUCGACAUCCUCGUAAUGUAGAAGAGGAAACCAAAUAUAUUGAACUAAUGAUUGUGAAUGAUCAUCUCAUGUUUAAAAAACAUCGGCUUUCCUUCGUACAUACAAACACCUAUGCAAAAUCUGUGGUGAACAUGGCAGAUGUAAUAUAUAAAGACCAACUUAAGACAAGGAUAGUAUUGGUUGCCAUGGAAACCUGGGCGGCUGACAACAAGUUUGCCAUAUCUGAAAAUCCAUUGAUCACCCUACGUGAGUUUAUGAAAUACAGGAGAGAUUUUAUCAAAGAGAAAAGUGAUGCAGUUCAUCUUUUUUCGGGAAGUCAAUUUGAGAGUAGCCGGAGCGGGGCGGCUUAUAUUGGUGGGAUUUGCUCGUUGCUGAAAGGAGGAGGCGUGAAUGAAUUUGGGAAAACUGAUCUAAUGGCGGUUACGCUGGCCCAGUCAUUAGCCCAUAAUAUUGGUAUUAUCUCAGAUAAAAGAAAGUUAGCAAGUGGUGAAUGUAAAUGCGAGGACACGUGGUCUGGAUGCAUAAUGGGAGAUACUGGAUAUUACCUUCCUAAAAAGUUUACCCAGUGUAAUAUUGAAGAGUAUCAUGACUUCCUGAAUAGUGGAGGUGGUGCUUGCCUUUUCAACAAACCAUCUAAGCUCCUUGAUCCUCCUGAGUGUGGCAAUGGCUUUAUUGAAACUGGAGAGGAGUGUGACUGUGGGACCUUUGCAGAAUGUGUCCUUGAAGGAGCUGAAUGUUGUAAGAAAUGUACCCUGACUCAAGACUCUCAGUGCAGCGAUGGUCUUUGCUGUAAAAAGUGCAAGUUUCAGCCUAUGGGGACUGUGUGCCGAGAAGCAGUAAAUGAUUGUGAUAUUCGUGAAACAUGCUCAGGAAAUUCAAGCCAGUGUGCCCCUAAUAUUCAUAAAAUGGAUGGAUAUUCGUGUGAUGGUACCCAGGGAAUUUGCUUUGGAGGAAGGUGUAAAACCAGGGAUAGACAAUGCAAGUACGUCUGGGGUCAAAAGGUGACAGCAUCAGACAAAUACUGCUAUGAGAAGCUGAAUAUCGAAGGGACCGAGAAGGGAAACUGUGGGAAAAACAAAGACACGUGGAUACAAUGCAACAAACGGGAUGUGCUUUGUGGUUACCUGUUGUGUACUAAUAUCGGUAACAUCCCCCGGCUUGGAGAACUCGAUGGUGAGAUCACGUCUACGUUAGUCAUGCAGCAGGGCAGAACACUGAACUGCAGUGGUGGGCAUGUUAAGCUUGAAGAAGAUGUAGAUCUUGGCUAUGUGGAAGAUGGGACACCUUGUGGUCCCCAAAUGAUGUGCUUGGAACACAGAUGUCUUCCUGUGGCUUCCUUCAACUUCAGCACUUGUUUAAGCAGUAAAGAAGGCACUGUUUGUUCAGGAAAUGGGGUUUGCAGUAAUGAGCUGAAAUGUGUGUGCAACAGGCACUGGAUAGGUGCAGACUGCAACACUUACUUCCCUCACAAUGAUGAUGCAAAGACUGGUAUCACUCUGUCUGGCAAUGGUGUUGCUGGCACCAACAUCAUAAUAGGCAUAAUUGCCGGCACCAUUUUAGUGCUGGCCCUCAUUUUAGGAAUAACUGCGUGGGGUUAUAAAAACUAUCGAGAACAGAGACAGUUACCCCAGGGAGAUUAUGUAAAAAAGCCUGGAGAUGGCGACUCUUUUUAUAGCGACAUUCCUCCUGGAGUCAGCACAAACUCAGCAUCUAGUUCUAAGAAGAGGUCAAAUGGGCUUUCUCAUUCUUGGAGUGAAAGGAUUCCAGACACAAAACAUAUUUCAGACAUCUGUGAAAAUGGGCGACCUCGAAGUAACUCUUGGCAAGGUAACCUGGGAGGCAACAGAAAGAAAAUCAGAGGCAAAAGAUUUAGACCUCGGUCUAAUUCAACUGAGAGGGAGCCCCAAGCACCUGAGCCUGGGCACUCCCUCGCCCAGACAGUCCCAUCCCAAGGCAUAAGCCCAGGGGGCUCUGACAGCCCCCAGACAGGGAGUCUGGAUCACAGGACUUUAUCUCCUGCCAAGUCUCCUUCUUCAUCAACUGGGUCUAUUGCCUCCAGCAGAAAAUACCCUUACCCAAUGCCUCCACUUCCAGAUGAGGAGAAAAAAGUGAACCGACAAAGCGCCAGGCUAUGGGAGACUUCCAUUUAAGAUCAACUGUUUACAUGUGACACAUCGAAACUGUUUACUUCAACUUUUAUAGAAACCCAGCCUCAUGGAAUCACUGCAAAUCUAUCUGCUCUUCAGACAAUUUGAAGACCCUCUGAGAUGCCACAGAGGAGAGGAAGCUGUCUCACAUCUCAAUACCAUUUUCUUUUCAUCACUGGCUUAGGAUUUAACUGAACCAAGAAAAGAACUGCUGAAAUGUUACACUGUAACAUGGAACAGUAAAGGUAUUGGUAUGUUAAUGGAUAUCCGCAUGACAGAUAUAUGUAGAAAUAUCAAUAAAAUUAAUUCACAUGACUCAAAUGUAGCAAGUUUCCUAAAGGACAACAGUGGAUUCAGAAUUUACAUUCUGAACACAUCCUCAUUGUUAACAGCAAUGCUAUAUGCAUGAAAUGAAGCUUCUGUUUAUUGUUUUUCAUAUUUAAGGAAACAACAUCCCAUAAUAGAAACUAGCAUGCAGGGCUAAGGCAUAUAGGAUUUUUCUGCAGGAUUUUAAAGCUUUGAGAGGCCGAUAUCCCAUAUGCUAACUUUAAACAUGUAUUUUUAUUUUUGGGUUUUUUUUUUAACUUUUCAUAUUUAUAUCAGCAUACAAGGACAAUUGUACAUACAUGUAAACAUUUUUAAAAUAAAAAAAAGCAGCUUAUACACACAAGUGUAUUUUGCCAAAUGCCUAAAAACAGUCAGUCACAAUCAUAUUGUCAUCCCUCUAAUGGUCUUCAAAGAUUUUAAGCAGAUGGUGUUGUAAAUAUAGUGGUCAAUGCUGUAAAUGUGUCUUUCUACAAUUAAUAUUUGUUCAAAACAUGUGAUAUCCCUUUAAACUGUGCACAGUCUGGAGGCAGUUUUAUGGAGUGAUUGAGGAAGAGAACAAAUGUCCAGCCAAACUUCUGGCCUCCACAGCUUGCAGAAGCAGUUCAGUAGUGCAGCUGCAGUGCUGCCUGAGACACUGCUGCUGACUGGCCGCCCCUGGGAAUCUUCCAGCUGUCUGCUUCCCUUCUGGGGCAUUCAGUGCCUGUUUCAGCAGCUGUUAUCUUUCACUACCAGAGCGCAUCUGCUAGUCUCACCCCGGAACCUGGUGAGCCCUCAGCAGCGUCUCCUGCUGAGACUGAGCAAGUGCACCAAAGACGCAUGAGACCACAGGCUGCUGGUGAAUUGGUAGCUUCCAGCUUGUCAAUACUGUACCCCUUUGUGGCCUGAAGUAUUUGUUCCUUGACAAAACUUUUUAGCCACCCUUAUCUGUGAAAUGAAUGACUUGUUUUUAACAAAUACAACUUUUACACUGUUUAUUAAGGAUACUUAUCAACUUUGGAAUGUGAGUCCCAACAGGUCAUUCUGCAUUGACUUUGAGGCAAGAUGGCAGACAAGGUGGGACAGCCUCAAGAAGUCAUAAAGGGUCUAGUGACAUCUAUAGCCACAAACAUUCAGCAACUGUGAAGUUACACAAAUAAUGGACAAGGAAAAUAAUAUGAUAUCUUGACCUCUGUAUUUUUUAAUUUAUAUAAAAUUGAGAAUUCUACAUUAAAAGCGCCUACUUUAAAACCAAAUUUUGAUAGCUGUUGGAGUGCAGCGGAGUGAUUCCAAAAGAAAAUUACCUUAGGGAGGCCAGAAAUUGAUGCAAUCGAUUACAUGUUCUGCUGUGACUUGUACUUCUGAUUUCCUUCUCUUCUCUGCUUUUGCUUGAGAGGAUCAAAGUCUUCAGAAGAGAUUUUAUACAAGCAGCCUCUAUAUUUUAUCUCUCCCAGCAGCAUCCAUGGACAAAAUCCAUGUCAUCUUCAUAAUCACCUUAGAUGCCCAAACUAAAGGGCCACGUUUGGAGGCAGUGUUUCAUACUCUGUGUGUUUGUCUUCUGUAAUGGACCUCUCUUCUGAAAGUCUAAAAAUGUUGGAAAAACAAUUUCAUCAUCCACAAUUAUAUAGUGUAAAACAGCAUUUUUUCCUGUCAGGAAGGAAUUGCAACUUGUUGAUACUGCAACAAGACAAUCCAUCAGAUCGAAGUUUGGGUGAAUGUCGGGUAACAUUGCCACAUAGCUCAAGUCAAAGAUGGAAGGGCAGACAGAUUGAAGGAUGUAGCAAACAAAGUGGCUUUUGACCAAGAUCACUUUAAUGUGCACUGAAUGUUUUCUGGUAUUGAGUGUAUAAAAGGCAAAUGCUAUAAGGUUUAUUUUCCUAUAAAAGAGUUUAUAGAUUUGAAUGUAAGAUGCCUCAUGUAAAUAUGCUUCCUAGUUAAAUUUCCACAAGCCCUAAGUCAAAAGAAUGCACAAAUGGCUGAUAGAGUGGUCAACAGAUCUCCAUCAUGUAUCUUUCCUUAUCUUCUCAAUUAUUUUUAUGUGAAAUUAUUAUUUUGAAUGAAAAAUCAUUAUCAUGUGCCUUUUGGGAGACAGUUGGUCUAGUUGUAAUCAUCCUCUUUAGUAAUGACCUUCAUAUGGAAUUGAAUGAAAAGUGUUUUUGUUUUAUUUACAAGAAUGAUUAUUUUAGAACUAUAAUAGUAUAAAUGUUCUAUUCUGGUUAUCUACUCUCUCAUGUUUAAACAUUCUUAGAGCCAUUUAUGGAAUUCUUUGACAAAUUUAUUCUCUAAAUAAAUAGUUUCAAGAAGUAUCUAUAUGUGUACUCACGGUUUAGGAGAGGCAUUAUAGCCAAAUAUUUAUGACUUUUCACCUGCUGAGGUAGAUAGAAUGAGCCCAUGGCACUGAAUAUAAGCACAGCAUUAUUUCUUUUUAAAUAUCCAUUUUAGAGAGAAACUUUGAAGCCAUAUAGCAGUUUGUGUCAUGCACCAAUAUUUAUAUUGCCAGUCCACUGUAGGAUCAUUACUAAGCAGAGGAGAGCAGUUAUUUGACCUGUAUGUUCCAUUGUAUGCCUUUUUUCCCUUUCUAAAGUUUUGUGUACAGAUGAGACUUUGGAUUGGCAACUUGUGCCUGAGAUGUUCUGCUUAUCUGUCAUCAUUACAGUGCAGUAAAUCCUGUUUUAAAACAGCAUGUUUGUCCAGUGAGUGUCAACAGAGGAGAGGUGGGAUAACAGGGAAUUAAUUGACUGAAAUAACCAUUCUUUCUUUAGAUAAACAUGACAUCUUCCUCUGUAGUCUGCAAGUUAGAAAAUGAUCCCCAGGUCACAUGCAGUCCGUGGAAAGCAAUAAAUCAAUAUUCUCAAACAGCGCAGCAUAAUGAGAGCUUUGAAUUUGCUGCAGUUGCUGUACUUUUAAAGAAAUCCAGCACAUCAAUUAGAAAUAACCUAGCCUUUGAAUUGUUCCUUAAAAAAAUGUUGACUAAUAAAGCAAAUGUGGGGUUAAAAGCUAAGCUUACUUUUCAGUUGGAUAUUGGUGCUUUACUAAGUGAGGCUUUAAUUUUUCUUUACUCCCCUUCUUGCUUUAAAAGGCUUUUAAAAUGGUGUUUGUGGGUAAGAUCAGUCCAGUAUAAAAUAUCUGAAUGUAAGAUUGAUAGGGUUUCUAAAAGAAAUAGCAGAAAAGGUAAAAUUUGAUAUUCUGUGCACUUCCAGAGGACUUUGUAUAUUUAAAUUCCAAACAGGCUUAUAUCUCCCAUUCUUUUCUGUUGAUUCUCUUGUGUAUCUGCAUUACUUAAUCCUGUCAUAGUCUCAGGUCUCUUGUUACUACUUUGUUACCUUUUCUUUCACAUUUUAUUCCUUAGUUUUUACAGUUAUCUUUGGGUCACAGGAAAUAUUGUAGUCACUUCUUCCAUGGUUCGGUCAAGUUCGUUCAUUUAUUCAUUUCAUCCAUUCAUGUCCUGUCAUCAUGUGGUUCUGUUUUAACCUUAAAUAAAUACAUAUGUGUGUAUGUACAUGUCCGCACACACACACACACACACACAAACACACAAAGGUCUUAAAGUUCAUGGAGAAUGCAUAGUACAAAAGAAGUCUGCAUGGGUUUAAAACAAUUUUUUGCACCAAAAUAAACUUGUACUUUAAUAUCAUUUUCCACAGGCUUUUUGAAGUCUCUUCAUGUAUAUGCUCUAUAUAGCGCUUUGAAAUUUUCUUUGUUAUCCUACGUGAUAAUAAAUUAAAGACUAUAUUGCUUUAUUUUACCUAAAGAAAAUAAUUUCCCAGAAGGCUACUGAGUAGCUUGCAGAGUCUAUGGGAAGGGGAGAACGAAGUUCAGAACUAAUAGGAAUGCACAGACAUGGCAGCGGCCUGCCCAGCCUGCCGAGGACAUGGGACAUCGCAGGCGGCCGCUGCUGCAUGCCCCAUCCGGACAGCAUAUUGCAAACAUCCUACCAGCUGGCAAGUCAGCAUGCAUUUUCCACUAAAGGCUCUGACUCCCAUUGGCAGCAUGUCUACUUUUAUGUUCCUAAUUCUCUUUUUCCUUUUUCUUUUAAUAUUUGCUCCAAAUUGCCACCUAAAUACUUUUUCCCUCUUCUAUAUGUGGUGUCAAGAUGAAUUUCUCAUUUUCACUUUCCUAGCUUAAGCAACAAAUGUUUCUGUGGAAUAGGGCUUAACUUGGGUUCAAACUCUUUUCCUUCCUCUGAGAUAUUUCUGAAUAGGUAAGACUUCUCUGAUUUUGGAUGCUGCGACUUUUCUUCCAGCAUAGAAUGAGGAGUCUCAUAAACAACUUCCCGUUUACAGGAAGGCAGCAGCCCAUCUCUCCUUCCUGUGUGAGCAGCCAUGCAAAAGCUCACCUGCUGGGAAGGCUAGGCUCAUGCUCUUGGCUCAACUCAUGCUCUGUGGGGCCUGGUGCUUUCAGUUCUAAGAGGGGCUUUUCAACCACAACUGCAGGUGCAAAGAUGCAAGCGUUUAGAAAAAGGAUAGUAUUUCUUUUCACAUUUUAUUCAUUGCCUUGUCAGAGUACCCCAAAUGGAGCAUAUUCUGGUUCACUUUGGGAGCGAAAAACCAAAACAAUCAUUUAGAAACAAAGACCUGCCUAGUUAGUAUUUUUGUCCCUUCUCUCAAGAACCUGGUACAGCAGUAAGCAGCCUCACUUUGGGACUUGAGGGAUGCUUUCAAAACCUUCCUACUUCUAAAGUAGCUUCCCUUUCAAUUACUAUGUAACCCUUUCUUCCUGAGUAGGGACUUUAAUUCACAUGGAAGUCAAUCCUUUCUUGGCUAAACUGACACCUGGGAGAACCGUAGGGGUGCAGAGUACCAGGGGGAAAAUCUCUGGUCUUCUCCAUUGCCAUAGAUAAUGCAACUUUGGAAGUCACUGAGAAUUGGGUCCCAAGGGUGUGAGUUUCAGGAUGGGGAGGCGAGAAGCAGUAGCAAGCUUUGGGAGGUUGUGGGGAUUGGUCCUGGCAUAGGAGCAGCAGCAGGACUUCAUAGGAAAAGCCCCAAAGCAAAGAGCACAAGAUGACCUCUGGGACUGUGGUAGAGAGAGAGGUACUGGUUGCCUAAGACAGACUUGUGUGCUUUGUAGUUUUACUGAGUGUCGGCUCUGAAAACUCUUGGUCCAGGACAUGACAAGGCCAUCCUUCCCUCCUGGUGUGCAUCUCUGUUGCAUUGUUCAUAGAACCUGCAUCACACUGGGAGGUACUUCAAGACUGCAGGGUUUUGGGCAGGGCCAUCAUCCUUUUAUGUUCCUAAGUAUCCAUGAAAUCAAAACCAGGCAAAAUAUGUGUUUUUUUCCUAUUUUGUUUUAGAAAAAGGCAUACAAUGAGACCAAGCAAUCUUGUUAAUAUGCAUACAAAAUUAUCAAUAAAAUUUCAGAAUUUAUAAAGGGGUAUUUUCUUCUCUUGCUUAAAAAAUAUGUAAUACUAAUCUGCAUUCACCUUAGGGCUUAACCUCCUAUUUUAUGAAGUUUUUGGCUCUGAUUUGUGUUUUCAUGUUAAGCUCUAAAAUAACGCAAAUAGCCCCAAAUCUUUAAAUAUAGCGGUGCUAAGUUAUUCCAGAUAACACAAUACAGAAAGUGCUGAUAUGAAUUAAUACACCAAGAAAUAAUGUGAGAGUUCCUGCUAAAUUAUACGUGUGUAUCACUGCCUGAUUAGAAACCCCACUUUGCUUUUCUAAUCCAGCACAAAUCAAACUGUGAUUCUAUAACCAGUUUUUUUAAUGGGUAGAAAAGACCCAACACCUUUGUUUUGUAAAGAAAACUUUUUUUUUACUACACUAAAUGUAAAAGUGUUUAAAAGGUUUAUUCAGAAUAACUAAGCAUGUACUCCUUUUUUAACUUUAUGUAAGACUUGCCCCUCCAAACUAGCAUCUAAAAAAAACCAACUUCCUUCCGAAACUAGGUGUUACCCAAACACAGCCAUCUCUGUAUUAGCCAAUGUAGGUCCGCACUAGUGUAUUCCACAUCAAUCAUCUUCAAGGGGUGAUGUCCAUCUGCAGAUGGUGAAGCCACCCUGUGGGGAAGUGUUACUAGUAGCAUGGUGUCACUUUUGGUAACCAAGUAAUUGUGUAUAUACUUAGAUUCGUAUCAUUUUAACAUUCUCUCUGCUACUCUGCACUUCAGGUUCUUAAGCUAUUUUAAAAAUUGCUGGGUUUUGGCAAACACCAAGUGAAAUGCAUAUGGCGACUGCUUUCCUGAGCAAGUGUGACUUGUUUUCUGGCUAUUCAAGUUAUAAAACUGUUCUCACAUUGUAGGUAAACAAAAUCUUGCUGUUUUUAAAGGUCACUGUAACUUGAGGUUCAAAUUUCUGGCACAAUUUUAUUAGUAUUCAUGUCUGAAGCUAAUAAGAUUCCAAGAUACCACAGUUUUCUAUGUUACUCUCAUUGUAACAUCAAUAAAGUGACUUU